AUGAAAGAUUUUUAUCUCCGCGCACUCUUCGCUGCCAGCGUGCUGUCCACCAUCUCUGACCGCGCGUAUGGUGGUAUUGAGCCAGAUCCUGUGGCUUAUGGCGCUCGUACCCUUGAACGAGAGGCGGUCUACAGACAGCUGAGGGCCCGUGACGACGUCAACACCCUGCGAGAAGAACGAUUUAAAGUGGAGAAAAUUGAAUUGGAACUUAAGGCUGCUCUCGAAGCGGCUCACAAUUUGUACUUUCCUCCACCCGCCGCAGUUGAGGCGACUACUCGCCUCGGGCUUGUGGACAGCGUCAUCAUGCCUGACCGGCCUACCAUGCUUUUGCCGGGUAUGUCCCACGACGCUGCCGUUGCUUCUCUGGAAAACAUACCUAUAGUGGACGCAAUACGUGAGCUCUCACGAGCGUAUAAAUACCCGCAAACCGAAAAAUUGGCUGCCAAGAUCUAUGAAAAAGUGCAAGAUCGUGCAAUUCGUCAGGCCGAGGCUUGGGGGAUCUGA